UACUUCAUUUCCCACAAUCCCUACCGUCCCACUUCCUGGUUAGAUUACACGUAGCGUCACUACUGUGUAGAGGUUCAGAGAAGGAAAAUAGCAACAAACGACGACUCUUACAGACUUAUUUUAUGUAACUACGCUUGUUAGUCACUCGUAUAUAUAGACGUGUUUGUUUAUUUUGAUUACAAUGAAGCCACAGUGGCGUGUGUCGCUGUGUUUGGCCUCUCAUGUAAGCUAAGCUAAGUCACCAAGCUAAUAUUUGCCAGAGUAGUUAGCAAGUACUUGGGUUGUUUACAAUUUUUUCUCAAAGAUGUAUACUUUAUUAUCUGGAUUAUAUAAGUACAUGUUCCAAAAGGACGAAUACUGCGUGUUGAUCCUGGGACUGGAUAACGCUGGGAAAACGACCUUUCUGGAACAAACCAAAACAAAGUUCAGCAAGAACUAUAAGGGAAUGAAUUUGUCAAAAAUCACAACUACAGUUGGCCUGAACAUUGGUACAAUUGAUGUGGGCAAAGCUCGUCUCAUGUUCUGGGAUCUGGGAGGUCAGGAUGAGCUCCAGUCUCUGUGGGACAAAUACUAUGCUGAGUCCCAUGGAGUCAUCUACGUGAUAGAUUCAACUGAUGAAGAGCGUCUGUCAGAAUCAAAAGAGGCCUUUGAGAAAAUGAUCAGCAGUGAGGCGUUAGAAGGUGUUCCACUCCUGGUGCUGGCCAACAAACAGGAUGUACCGGACUGUUUGUCAGUGCCAGACAUUAAAACAGCCUUCAGCGACUGUGCCCCGAAGAUUGGAAAGAGAGAUUGUUUAGUCCAGCCUUGUACUGCCCUCACAGGGGAUGGAGUGAACGAAGGCAUCGAGUGGAUGGUGAAGUGUGUGAUCAGAAACAUUCACCGGCCACCCAGACAGAAGGACAUCACAUAAGAAGUCAUCAGCUCUCUUUACUCUCGUUGUGGAAGGCGAGUUUCUCCUCGAGGACAUUCCGUAUACACCCUGGAGCUGAUUAACUUUCCUAUCUCCUCGUGUUCGCUGUGACUUUGAACAGUGUGGACGUCUGGUAGUACUAGACAGAGCGAGACAGUAUUUUUUUAUCACCAAGCGAAAUGUCAGACGUGCUUCGAACGGAACGUCUGUCAGUUCCAGAUGUCACACCUUUUUGAAGCGGUUAUGAUUUCUUCUGCGUCAUGUAUGAGCAGUAACCUCGGUGUCUGCUGCUGGCUUAGUGCUGGUGUAACUACAUCUGUAUGGAGCUCCACUGACUGACACUGUGAUCAAAAGAGUGUAAAAACAUCACUUUGACACAUAAAUUCUCACCUAAAACAUACAAAACUGUCAUAGUUAUUCCCUGUAUGCACAUGUGUCAGUACUAAACAACUUUUAGCUCACAUUUUAAGGUUUGUACUCUCCAAACUGUACACUACCUCUAAAAAAAAAAAAGGAAACAUUGACUUCUUUACCUCAUCAGAGUGAAAGUAGUGAGGAAUGUUGCUUCGUGAUAUUAUUACUUUUAUUGAUGGAUAAAUAAAAACAAAUUAUUCCUAAUCAUGACUCAUACUUUGACGAGGCAAAGUGGCAAAUGCUUCCUCAUUCUGUGGCAGCUGUGUGGAUUUAAGAGUUUAAACCAUAAAAAUGUCAGCUGUAAGUCAUUUGCUGAGUCCAACUCUAAAUAGAAAAGAAGAAUAACUUAUUACGAGUUUGAUAUACAUUUAGGUGACUUGCUGUCUUUUCUGCACUGCUUGCUCACAGUAGAUAAGUCACUGGGCUCCAUACAAACUCUGAUGCAGCAACACGAGCAGCAUCAGAGUCCUUGCAGACUUGUGUGAGUGGUAUGCAUGUGAUUCAGCAGCCACUUCACUGUUAUUUUUGACUGUUUAUGUCACUUCUGUAUCCUUUUACCCCUGUAAAACAUUGAUCGCUUAUCGAUCUGCUUCGGGAACAUGUUUUUGUUUUUGUCCUUGUUUUCGAUUGACUUUGGAAAUGUGUAUAACUUGACACUACAGAUGAUUGGGUAACUGGACAUUAUAUGUAUAAAAACUAAACCCAAAAGGGUGCUGAACACACAGAAACCUUGCUGACCUCUGCUGAAUCACUGAAUACCAGCAGUUUAACUUGGUAUGUAUGAAGCGGUUAAGAAAAUUGAAGGUGAUGUGCUCUGUCAGUCAUAUAUGGUAUCAUCAUAAUAAAUUCAUGAUUUCUGAAACUAAA